UGGAUUAGAAAAAUCUAAAUAGGUACGUGUUUUAUUUUUCUGUUUCCUACUAGAAUAACGUAAGCCUGGUAAUGUUCUGUAUCUACUAUCUGACAUUUACAGUUCCUCUCCUGUUUUAAGUAAACAUCAGGUACUUAGCUAAUUAAAUAUAAUAUUAAUAGAGUCUUGUUUAUAGGAAAGUGUCCACUUUCAGGAUGUUGUGUGUAAGUCUUGAUAAAAUUACAUAGAUAAUGAGUGUACUCUCUUUUCAUAGGCUGACCUUGAAGUCACCACCGCCUGAAAAGGGCUCAAAACAAAAAAUGAUCUAAGGGUUGAAACAAGAUAAGAUCAAAUUGAUGUCAUGGUAAUUACAUGAAGGACCAUUCAAUCACUGGGUGGAAUUUACUGUUGAUCCCUGGGCUUAGAUGCAGGUGGGCAACAUGCAGUUUUUAUUACUCUGCUAGUAUAAAAGACAAGUGAGAACUUUAUUAACUGUAGUUACUGAGAAAUCACAAGGCAAAGCUAAAAUCCCUCUUCAGAUCCACAAUCAACUGCCCUGAACACAUCCUGCAAAAAGUCCUGAGGAAGGAGAGCCAUGGAUUACUACAGAAAAUACGCAGCUGUCAUUCUGGCCACAUUGUCUGUGUUUCUGCAUAUUCUCCAUUCCUUUCCUGAAGGAGAGUUUACAAUGCAAGGUUGCCCAGAAUGCAAGCUAAAGGAAAACAAAUACUUCUCCAAGUUGGGUGCCCCAAUUUUUCAAUGCAUGGGCUGCUGCUUCUCCAGAGCAUAUCCCACUCCAGCAAGGUCCAAGAAGACGAUGUUGGUCCCAAAGAACAUCACUUCAGAAGCCACAUGCUGUGUGGCCAAAGCAUUUACCAAGGCCACAGUGAUGGGAAAUGCCAAAGUGGAGAACCACACGGAAUGCCACUGCAGUACUUGUUAUUAUCACAAAUCUUAAAUGUUUUGCAAAAGAGCAUGUUGAUGACUGCUGAUUUCCUGGAGUGAAAAGUUAAUUUUUCAGUGUUUAUGGCCUUGUGAGAUAAAACCCCCUUUUUCCUUACCAUACUCCUUUUGGUGUGCUUCGGGGAUGUACUGCAACUUUA